AAACAUGGAAAAGACAAAGAGAGUGUCCUUAGGAGUUCAAAAGAAGAGCAAAGCGACCAAGCAAAGCAAGAAGAAAUUCCUCAACAAUGUUUUAGACUACCGCAAAUCCGACUCUUACAUGUUUGCUCCUCUCAUUUCUCCUCCUCGUUCUGGAGUGAAAAUGAAAGAAGUCAUUAAAGGAAACAGGAAGAACGUGUUAAAGAAGUUUGGAAAGUAUAUGAAAUCUGGAAUUUACAUGUAUGCGCCCUUGGUUUCUUCGCAGCUGAUUGGUUCUCCUACUUCCGUGCUAUCCGUUCUGCUGUUGUAGCUAGAAUGAGAAUGAUGGGAUGGGUGUAUAGCUGUACGAGAAAAGACAGAGGAAUACAGUUAUUCAAAAGAAAGUAUAUCGCACAAAUUGAAUGUGUAACUUAAAGAGGAG